AUGGCAAUUCUACAAAAACAUGGGAAGAACCCCAGCGCAGACCUGGCAAGUAUUAAAGACAGUCCAACAGACCAUUUCGGACCGGUGGGAGCUCAGAAAAAGUGGUCAGAGUCCAGUCAGAGCUGGUCAAGGCCAGUAGCGCGGGUAUGGACGGUGGUGCUGCUACUGGGCACGUGCCUGCUGUACUGCGCCCGCGUGGCCAUGCCUAUCUGCGCGGUAAGCAUGGCGGAGCGCUUCGGCUGGUCGAAGAGGGAGUCGGGCAUGGUGCUGGGCAGCUUCUUCUGGGGCUACUGCUUCACUCAGGUCCUUGGAGGCUACGUCAGUGACAGGGUUGGAGGAGAAAAAGUGAUGUUGCUGUCAGCCGCAGCGUGGGGAGCAAUGACUGCGUUCACGCCAAUCCUGGCUCAUUUCUGCUCUCAGCCUAUCGUCUCCAUGACCAUCUCCCGUUUUCUCAUGGGCCUCCUUCAGGGUGUGCAUUACCCAUCUCUGGCCAGCCUGUGCUCUCAGAAAGUGGUGGAAAGUGAGCGGGGCUUCCUUAUGAGUACUGUAGGGAGUGGCUCAUAUCUGGGGACGCUGGUGAUAGGAGGAGUGGGUUCGCUCAUGUUGGACAUGUAUGGCUGGGAGAGUGUGUUCUACGUCUCUGGUCUCCUGUCUGUGCUCUGGGCCUACUGCAUGUGGAAGUACCUGCUCAAGGGAGAAGGGCCCAUCAUCACUCUGGAGUCUCUGGGCAGUGCUGGAACCCAGUCCAAAAUGUCCCGCAGAAACUGGAUGCGCCUCCUUAGACAACCAGCUGUGUGUGCGGUCAUUAUUACACACCUGUGCACUGCAAGCACCUUCUUCACCCUGUUGUCAUGGCUACCAACGUUCUUCAAGGACACCUUCCCUGAUUCCAAGGGUUGGGUGUUUAACGUGAUCCCGUGGUUUGUGGCUAUUCCCUCCUCACUGUUCAGCGGCUGCCUGUCCGAUCAUCUCAUCAGUCAGGGUUUCGAUACUGCUGUAGUGAGAAAACUAAUGCAGUUCUUUUCUAUGGGUGUAUCCAGUGUGUUUACUCUGUUUCUAUGUGGAACCACCACUUUCACGAUGGCGGUUGCCUUCGUCUCUGCUACUAUGGGCCUCACCACCUUUAGCCAUAGUGGAGUAUCGGUGAAUGUUCAGGAUCUUGCGCCAUCCUGUGCUGGGGCCCUGUUUGGUGUGAUGAACACCUGUGGUGCAUUUACAGGAGUCAUCAUGGUGUAUUUCUCGGGCUACCUGAUCGAGGCCACUGGUUCCUGGGCGUCCGUUUUUGCCCUCAUCACUGUGGUGAACCUGCUGGGGUUGGGAACGUUCCUGACUUUCGCCGAGGCGCGCAGGGUGGACAUCGACGUCACAAAGGGGCGCUAUCACAACAUCCACAUCUGAACUUCGAGCGAACAGGAGUAGAAGUACAACAAAACUUAUUGAUGAACAUGUUCCACAGAUGAGAACACUACGGAUCUUUGAUAACAUCUGUGGAAGUGAGAGAAAUGCGUACGCCUGUACUUCCAAUCGGUUGCCAAGGUGACAAGGUUUCCACCGGGUCUGGCAACAUUGGCCUCAGAGAUUUGCCACUGGGUUCAGAACCCACCAGUAUUAACUCUUCAUGUUCUACCACCACGUUGAGUGGUUUGCAGUUGAAAUGGGACCAGUUAGAGAACGUGUUAAGAUUGUUGGCUGUAGUCAUACAUUAUAGUCCAGCAGUGGGCCAAACCUUUAGCUGUAUAACGUCUGUACUUCAUGUAAGGAUGCCCGGUCUGAAUGUAAUGAUUUCCUUCAUUACAUUCACAGAGUUUGUCGUUGAACAUGGUCUUCAUCAUUAUUAUCAUCAUCACUGUCUAAGCCAGUGGUCUCCUUAGCCUUAUCCUGGAGGUAUCCUGAGGUCUCCUAAGCCUUAUCCUGGUGGUCUGCAUUCCUGCAUAGUCUAGUUCUAACCACCUGCUCCAGUUAAUUCACGUCCUCAGAAGUCCUUGCUUGACUGGAUCAGAUACACUGCUGUUAGGCAAUGGCGUGAAAUGUUACAUGCAGAUAGGAACUAAAGUCUGCAGGAAAGUAGAUCUCCAGGAGGAGAGUUGGUGACCAUUGGUCAAAGCAGUUCCAUCAUGUUUUUUUUAAAGCCGCUUUACUUGUUCCUACCAUUUAAAGAGGAUGCCCUGAUAUUACAAUGCUGUUUGGAUGGAGAGGAAUCAGUUUGAGGUCCUACUGUUGUCCUUCUAGGAUAGCGAGGGGAUGCACCAGUGAUUUGAGCUGUGAAGAUCUCUUAAAGUUACUGUUAAAUUUAUUCCUAAAUUCACUUCUGUGUUACUCUUGUAAAGUUACUGUUGAUGGAGAGAGUUAAGUCUCAGCACUGGGACUUGGCUGGACUGAAGUUUAGUAGUGUGAGAACUGUAAAUAUCCUGUAUGUCAGUGAUGAGCUUUAUAACGAGCCAGUUAUUGUUUCAGAAACUGUUAAGACCAAAUAUAUUUUGAAUGCAUUCCGGCCUGACGUAUUUAUUACUUAGAUGAUUAGUGACUGGACUUAUUUAUAAUAAUGAUAAAUGGAAGAAAAUGGACCAAAGGGGUCAAGUUUGGCCGAGAACUGUCGAACGAACAGUUUCUCAGAGGUCUCUCAUAAUCAGUUUAUUUAUAGAGCUACCUGAGGCCAGAUGUGAGAGAUCUCAGCAGCCUUUUUGGUACUUUUAUGGCUUAGCUUGUCAGGAAGAAAAAGACCAUUCCUGUGGACAAAGGGGUCAGUAACUCAUUUCAUUAGUAGGGCUGUAGUCUUGAAAAGCAUCAUUCUUGUUGUAUUACAACUCAUUGCAUAAAUUUCACUGCUUAUUCCUUCAUCCAGUUACUGCAAGCGUAAGUGCCAGUGCAGGUCUUAGACAAGGCAGGAGAUAAGAAAUAACUUGAAUUCUGCUUUAAAUACUGUGCAUUGCGAUGGACAUCAUUAAUAUCGUUAUACUUAUUUAAUGUAAACGUGCAUUGUUCACAGAGACCUUUAAAUGCAGUCUUUUAGUUUUAUAUAUAGAUUAGACAUGAUUGUGUGUAAUAUAUAGAUAUUAUAUACCUGAUUAGUUAAUAGUAAUGUAAAUAAUAGUUUUUACAUUGCCAAAAUAUUUUCAAUUACAAGUGCUCUGACUGGCACAGGUUCUAGAUUUUUUCCCUUUUCUCAGCUUCAGGCUCACACAGGAGGACAGUCUUUCUCACUACCUAUCUGUCUACCUUGGCUAGUGCAGUACUGCAAACAUUUAUGCUAAUUCAUGUUACCCUGCUGUUACUUCCAACUACUCAGUUACAGUGAAACUAGUUUUGGAAUUACUCAUAACCAAAUAAUAAUCUGUGGUGUGUCUGAAUUUGGUUAACUGUUUAUGGUAGUUGUGAGGAUUGUUUGGGGUUGGGAGGUUUGGGUGAGGGGUUCUCUCCCUGCAGCGAAGAGUCAUUACAAUAUUUAUUUCACUGUAGACGCGAUCACAUGAAUGGCCUCUUAAUUCACAGUCAUGUUUUAAAGAGAAUACAAUUUAAAUAUGAAUCAGCACAGCUUUAACCCGUUACACCCUCCUGAUUAUACCAGUAGAAUUUUCUGAAGUCUUGGAAAACUGUACUGAUUUAAUUCUUAUUCUUUAAAAGAAAACCAUGUAUAAUUUGUCUCAGAAAGAACGGAAUGGUAAAUGCAGUUUUCUCCUGCUGUAGAACCAGAUAUUUGUAAACAUAUUUUGUUGAAGAAUAAAAACUAUAUUUUAUCAA